UGUAUCUCCUAACUGUGACUGUGUAACAAAACCACUGUUCUAACUUUGGCAGUACAGUUCAAGGCCAGAGACUUUUUGUGGACAUCAUACCAUCUUCUAAUUUUACAAAUGACUUAUGUAAUUUAUACUGGAUGCGUUCUACUUCGAAGUCUUUACGUUUGAUUGGGCAGAAGACUUGAACUUAUUUCACACUAGUAUUAUAUGUAAUAAAUAGUAAUUACAGAACCACUUUCGAAAAGAGUCUCUUCUCCACAACACACAGAACUUAUACAUUCCCCAUCAUUAUUUGACUGAUUAGAGGAGAAAACCCAUAGCUUGCAUCAACAUAGGCUAAAUUUCACUUUCACAUUUUGUAUAAUACUUAAAAAAAAUGUCCUCUAAAGACUCAGAUGAAAGGCCUUUACAUAUUGUGACACCCCUGCUUCGAAGUGUAGCUCUGGCUAAGCAUCUUCCUAUGUGCAAGAAUGUGUACCUGAAGAUGGAAAACUGUCAAGUUUCUGGUUCAUUCAAGAUGCGUGGUUUUGGACAUCUGUGCCAGAAGUUGAAACAAGAAGGUUGCCAGUACUUGGUGGUGACAUCGAGUGGCAAUACAGGCCUGGCUGUGGCCUCUGCUUCACAAAUUAUUGGAAUUCCAUGCACUGUUUUUCUGCCAGAGAAUUCCCCACUUGUGUCUGCAGAACGGCUGCAAAAGAAUGGAGCUCAAGUUGUGGUUAAGGGAGCCGAUGUCACCGCAGCUGCAAUGUUUGCACAGGAGGAAGCAAAAAAAUGUGGAGCCCUAUAUAUAGACCCCAUGGAUCCAAGAGUUUGGACUGGCCAUUCAACUGUAGUUGAUGAACUUGUGAUGCAGCUCUCUGACAAGCCAAGUGUUAUUGUAGCUGCUGUUGGCGAUGGGGGUCUACUCACUGGUGUUUUAAAGGGACUGGAGAGAGCAGGUUGGCAAGAUGUUCCAGUUGUUGCUAUGGAGACAGUUGGCACUCACUGUCUUAAUCUUUCAGUAACAGCGAAGAAGAUAACAGUUCUUGACAAAAUCACCAGUAUUGCUAUUUGCCUGGGAAGCAGCGUAAUUAAUCCAUACCUGUGGGAUAUAUUACCUCAGUUUAACGUCAUCUCAGAAGUUGUAACAGAUGCUCAGGCAAUUAGAAGUUGCAUAAAAUUUGCAGAUGAUGAGUGCACUAUAGUGGAACCAGGAUGUGGGGCUUCCCUGGCAUCUGUAUACUGUGGUGUGUUGACAAGACUGCAUGCUGAAGGAAAACUUCCACAUUUGGAAUCAAGACCUGCUGUAAUCAUCGUGUGUGGAGGACGAAGCGUCUCACUUCACCUGCUGCAGGAUUGGGCAAAACAAUUCAAUGUCCCUUUUCCAUCAACAUAAGACUAAAACAUCUGUCUUCUCAACAAUUUAUAAGUUAUAUAAAGUUAUAUAUAUAUAUACAUAUGAGUUUUUAGAACUCAGAAAUUAAUUACCAAUAACUGAAUUUUUCUUUCUAAAAAUAUUAUACAUUCUUAUUAUUCUUAUUGCUAGUGGGGUGGGACUAAGUCCCUUGUACUGCGGCCACUUCUGGCCUUAAAAAUAUUAUAUAACAAUUUCCUUUAAGGAAGCUGCCUCAAGUGGUAACACUUGUGACUUGAAUUUGAAACUCAAAUUGGCUGGGGAUUUUUGCUGCUAUCCUUAGUUCCUCUAGACAAAUUCUGGUGUAGUACCUCAAAGUAGGCCACGACCAGUUCCUUCCAUAUCCUUUCUACUUCUUUAUUUACUAAAUUUCCCUCAACAAUCAACACUGCCUAGGCAAAGCUGCUCACAGCAUUGAUAAAUAAACAAAUAAGAUACAAUAUAUUAGGUGACUGUAAGAGAAAGGUGCAAUAAAUUUGAAGAUGUAACAAAUAAAAUUUAUUUCAAGAAGGUUGUGAACCUUAAAGUUGAGAGACAGUCUGACAGACUACAAUACCAAAGCUCUUGGGGUAUGAGACUGGCCAGGUCUAGUGUGCAUUUCUUACUUGCCUUCCACAUCCCUUCUCCAAUACAGUUACUCUGUUAAUCAUCAUCUUCACCAUCAUUCCAUCAUUGGUUGUAAAUUGCUUCCCAUUACAUGAGAAUUACUAACUCAGAAGCAAAACAUCAACAGAAUGAACAAAUGAACGAAGUACUUUUUGUAAGAUUUGAGGCUUUCAUGGUGGUGACUAUGAAGAAAGCAGUCUUCUGGGAU